CCUAAAAUGUUAAAGACAAACACACGGGCCAAGGCCUGAGAGCAAGGCCUGAGAGCCGGUGUGUGUGACAGUGAGUUUUGUGAUGCUGAAUGUUUUGGGGGGUUUAUUUCACAUCCAGCUCCUCCUAUAGUUUAUAGGCCAGUUGAUGGGUCGUGCUUGGGGGGACUUCAUUCCAUUUCUUCCCAUGUCUGCACCAACAGUCCUUUCGAAGGCAGACACCUACCUGUGGUUUUUUGUUUGUUUGUUUUUUUGUUUUUGUUUUGUGUGGGUUUUUUUUUUUUUAAUGUGGAAACCUUCCUGGGAACCUGGGGAAGAAAUUGGUAGAUGAGUCAUCCCCUCCGUUUUUUUGGAAUUGUUAGAAGCCAAGCUCUAUGUCGUAGCCAGAACCAAACUCCUCCUGCAGUUCCUGACUCGGGUUUUCUAAGGCAUCCCCUGGAGCAGCUAGCUGGCCACUUCUCCGGGGCGUCUUCUCAGAGCGCCCAAACUGAAGCAAUUGAGCAGGUUAGCAAGCAAGGAGGUGGUCCAUUCCCCUACCACACCCCCCUCCCCCCCCACAGCAGGACCGCCUUUGCGGGCCAGGCUUGAGAAAACCUAGACCUGUCGGGGCUGUUUUAACCUUUGCCAGCCCCCUCCCAGGCAGAGGUGACGAGGUCCAGACCAUAAUAUGUCCUUCAGGAUCGUCCCAGUGACCCCCAAAUUGAGCCUCGCUGGUCCCUUAGCAGGAAGUGGGUCGUUUAUUUUAGUUUCACCUUAUCAGCUUGGCUUCUUUUCCUAACCUCCUUCCCCCGGCUGCCCUCGGAUGCCAGACCCCCAAAGGGGAAGAUUGACAGGCAGUUCCCAUCGCUCUGUUUUUUGCCCUCACACAAGAGGGAUUUAGUUUCUGGUGCCUCCGCCAAUGUUGACGCAGCCAAAGUUUAGAUCUCGCCUUAAGGAGUCUCUCUUUUCCGCGUCACUGGAAGAGCUAAGCCACAAAGAAGUUGCUGAACAAACCCUCGCAACUGGAACCCCAUCUAGUGUUCAGUUUGAUUCAGCCACGGGGACGGCAUUUCCCCCCUUUCCACUCCCGGUUCCUCUCGUGGGCUCGGAUCCCAAUUUUUAAAAGGAGCAUCUUGUUGCUUCCCUCCCCCCCCCCCUCCACGCCCCAAGAUUUCACUUGUAUUCUUCCACGCAAGACGACACCGGUCCGGGGCAGAACACCCAGGAAAUUUGGAAGGUGCCAGGAAACGUGUGUCUUUGGUCUCGCGUCACAGAGAGGAAACUUCAGACGGGGCCGAAAAUACUCACAGCCUAUGUGCUGGUGUUUACGGUUUCUGGGGAAUUUUAAGCUGGACAUUCAGGCCUUUCCCAGGUCUGUGCCAACAAUUAAAAAAAAAGAAGAAAAAGACCAAUCAAUCAAAAAUGUCUGUGAUUGGCCCACGGAAAAGGAAGAGCCUGUUAGAAUUCUAGGCUCCCCAAUCACGGUCACGAGAGGGUCUGUUAAAAAUGGGAACGUGGCCUGAAGGUCAGGGGAAGGCAGGGGAGGCGCUUUCCGAGGGGCUCCCAGAAGAAAACCACGCCUGGCCGAAUGCUGUGUUGUUUUGGUUUGGGUUUUGUUUUUUGUUUUGUUCUGUUUUUCCCUUGGUUGGCUAGCCCUUUCUGUGUGGGGCAUAGUUUUAUUUUUGUUUUCUCGGUAGAGAUCCUGGGACACCUCGGUUUUCUGCCUGCUGUUCUGCAGUGUUUGGCUCCGAUGAGGGAAAACUGACAAAUUUGAAUUGGGCACCAAGUCCCUAAGUAGUGUAACAAGAAAAAACAUUUGGGAUUUUAGUAGAAAUUGGAUGGAGCUGUAAGUUCACCCUUCCUCUCCUCCCCACCACCCCAACCCACCACCCCCCAAAAAUACCAGAAAUUCCAAAUAUCUUUUUGUGUGUCAAUACUUAAAAAAAACACUUCUCCUUAAAUCUUCCCGUCUGACCAGGAUUACAAAAUUAGAUUAAUUUGCAUGCAAAAUCCAUAGCAAAGGGGCCGGCAUGUCAUUUUCACCACAGCACAGGGAACAAGGCAACUGUAUUUACUCUAAUGGGGUCACCAGUUGGAAUCCUGUCACAGAUUAUUCAGAGAUAGAAGGUAGUAGACAGUUGGGAAAAUGAAUUAGAACGUGUUAGUGUGUGUGUGUGUGUGUGCGCAUCUUAUUUUGACUUGAAAGCUAGUCCUGGUGUUUUAUCCUUUUUUUUUUUAAAGCUGUUUCAUUGGAAUUGUGUUCAGAAUGCAGAUAGAUUUAAAGUUAAGAACUAUUACAGUGUAGCGACACCUGCUUUUGAAAUAAAGCAAAAUAGAUACCAGAAAUUGUUUUUUUGGGUUGUUGUGGGGGGUUUUUUUUUUUUGGUGUUCAGAAACAUCAGGAAAUUAAAUUAGUUGCCUCUCCAAGUGAGAUCAAAUGUCAACUUAUUAAAAUGUUGCGAAAAUCGAAGCUAAAGUCUGAGCAGCUCUUUUUAACACAGCCCCUUUCUUACAAGCCAGCAGGCAUUUAUUUUAAGCAGCUCUGUUUUCCGUGCAGUUUAGCACCAUCUUAAAUAUAAAACUGUUCAGGUUGAGAAACUUGAAAAUUCUCAAGUGAAUCUCACAGCAGCGCCAACGUAGAACUUGAGCCCAGGAAAGCAAGUAAUCACCGGCUAAGUCCUGUAAAGUACCUUCUUUUUAUUUUCUCUCGAUAGUAUGAGAAUAUCAGAUGUUUGCGAGUUACAGAGAAUUAAAAUGCCCUUUCGUCGUGAGCACAGAUGUGCUAAAUAUUUGAAGCAACGACAUUGUAAUGUGUACAAUUGGUGAAGUCAGUUUUCUGAUUUCCCUGGCUAGUUAUUUAGUUCUGAAUCUGUCAUUAUUUGCCUAAGCCCAGCUGACCAAGCAAAACUGUGUUUUAAAGUGGCUUUAUGUUUUGAUAAAUGUGAGCUGGUUGAAAAGUAUUUUCCACUGAAUGCAGAGCUUAAUAGAACAUGCUGACAUAAUAGUUUUAAUGCAUUUUGUUGAAAAUGUGUGAACAAACAGAAUAGCUUUUGUUCCUUCAUAAUUGGCUGUAAAAGUAGAUGGAAACAUAACCAUUACAUAUGGAAAUGUGCAAAGAGGAGGAAAUAACAUUUCUGUUGAAUAUAUUAGGAACUGCAUUUCCUCGUUUGAAAUAAGCAUCCGAAAUGGAUGCAUCAUUUAAAACUGGUUGUCAAAAUACAAAGGAUCUUUUUGUCACAUUAUUUUUGUCCCAAGUUAAGCCACAUAACUUGAGCAAAAAUUCGUUUAGUAUCUUGUUUACAUUAUUUUAAGGCAGGGAGGGGAAGAGAGAGAGACAGACAGAAACUGCUUAAAACGGCACCUCGAAUGUGCACAGGAAUCCAGGGGCCAAUUUAGGAUGAUUAGACAUUAAAUUAAAACAGAGUCGUUAUUGGUGUUCCCUGCGCCACUGAGAUUUGCUGGGUAUUGUGAAUGCGUUUUGCACCCUGCCCUCGUGGAGAUUAAAAGAUGGGAAUUAGGAAAGCCAGCGUGUUAAGUGUAACUUAGCUCCUCAAAUAACACUCGCGGGGAAGAAAGUGCGCACACACACAUUCUGCUUCCUGAGCAGGGCUGCUGACCAGCUCCGCAGCGCGGAGGGCAAACAGACUCGAGGCAUUUUCGAAGUGUAGUUAGUAUUUAGGUAUUAAUUAUAUUUUCUGGAAUGCCCGACAGCUUGAGCCUUUUUUUUUUUUUGGAUGUUCACUACAAAAAAAAGGCAAACGGCUGGCUCUUUGGAGUUGACUCUUUUAAGUUUCCUGAAAAAGCAGCAUUUUGAUUUUGCAUUUAUUCAGAUUCACAAUUAGCCUCUCUCUCUCUCUCUCUCUCUCUCUCUCUCUCUCUCUCUCUCUCUCUCGGCCCCUGCAAGUUUUCUGAGAGAUUCAAUUUGGAAGUCAUGGAAACUGACUAUUAUCUGACUCCGUUCGGCAGAAAAGCAUGCAGGGAGGUAAUCCUUGAAUUAAACAGUUUUUCCCCCAGCCCCCGGGGAUGGCCACACACCAUUUGUACAGCAGAAGUUGGUGUUCCCUGAGACGGGAAACAAUGGGAGCCGGCCUGCCUGUGAAUAGGAGAGAAGCUUGCCGUUUGGAGAGUUUUAUGUUGAAUUUACAAAUGGAUCUGGGUGAGAAGAAAUCUGAGCAACCGGUGGAAACAGACAUGAAAUAAAGGGGAUUUUUUUGAUACCGAAAGGUCCGGGACAAUCUGUUCAACAAUUGGUAACAGUGAAGCACAAACUGGGUUGGUGUGUGUGUGUGUGUGUGUGUGUGUGUGUUUUCUCAAGGCAUUCAGGCCAGGAGAGAGGCGAAGUGUUUCCAAACUCUUAAAAACCAGGAAUUGUUUCUCCCCGCCCCCCUUCAGGGCACAUCUUUUCUUGAAGUUGAUGUUUAAUCAGAAAUGUAAAUCUCCACCAGCUUGAGAGAUAGGAAGAGCCCUUUGGGUGAAAUAUUUUAGAGGCACCAGGUGGCCCCGUGGAGCCCCAUGAUGGAUAGUCCUUGCUUUAAUUUUAAAACAAAACGUGCCACGGGGUGACACACCGAUGCCAGGCGGGCCUGGUCGCGGGUUACGGUCAUGGUGCUUCUCUUCGUUGUGUGUGUGUGUGUGUGUGUGUGUGAGUGUGUUUUGCUUUCUCUUUUGUAUCCGGUUGUGGGUGCGACCACAGUGUGUGUGUCACGGAUCUGGCUGAGCUGGGGCUCUGGGCGGGGGCGGGCAGGCGAUGUCCAGGUUGUCAGUCGGCGGCGGGUGGGUGCUAUGCAUUGCUUGUCUCCUUGUCAACCGCUGAUUGGAGCCCGAAUGGCUACAAAUGAGUUUAGUGACAGAACCAACUGUCACAGGUAUCCUGGCACCGGGUGAAAGGGAAUAAGGUUGACAGGAGCGCCGGGGCCUAAUAAGUCCUCCUCUGAGCGGCCGCGGGGCCCUCUCUGGGUGAGUGGACGGUGCGGCGUAUGAAGUAUUGGAGAUCGAUGUGUCGCUAUGGAACAGCGUCAGGCACCCUGUCUUCGGUGCAUCGUAGCUUACAUUUUGAUGGAUUAUCUGAAGGCCGUGGCUCUCGGAGGUACCACAUGGAUAGGGACGCCUCCAGCAUCCUUACCACGUCGCACGGACGUCCGUAGGUCCUGGUGGCUGGGUUUUUUUCCAGGGGCCACGGUCUCGAGCUCCGCAGGUAGCCCGCGGUGGACCGGCCACCUCUGUCUGGGGUUUGAGGUCACGGGGGACGGUGCCCCGGCUUCCUUCCUAACGCUGCUCCUCUUGAUGUUGGCAGGGCACGCGGAGAAGGGACAGCCCCAUCGCCCCGCCAAGAGCAAGGACGCCCACGUGUGCGGCCGGUGCUGCGCCGAGUUCUUCGAGCUGUCGGACCUCCUGCUCCACAAGAAGAGCUGCUCCCAGAACCAACUCGUGUUAAUCGUCACGGAGAGCCCCGCCUCCCCACCCGACACCUUCUCCCCCAGCCCCCCUCCCGAGAACCCCGGGGAGCACGUGAAUGACACGCCUAGCAAAGCCGAUCGAGGGGACGGCGGCGAGCUCCCGGAACCCCGCGGGCCGGACGGGGACGGGUCCAUGGAGGUGGAGGCCCCGGGGGCCGACAAGGGUGGCGGCGGCCCAGCCGGUGGCAGCGGCCACACCGGCGCCAGCCCCGGCGGCUCCGGCGGCUCCUCCACGGGUACCUCAGCGAUCACAACCUCUCUACCUCAACCCGGGGACCUGGCGGCGCUGGGCGGCUUCUCCGUCAUCAACAGCAACGUCAUCAUCGAGAACCUGCAGAGCACCAAGGUGGCCGUGGCCCAGUUCUCCCAGGAGGCGCGGGGCGGGGGCGCGGCGGGGGGCAAGCCGGCCGUGCCCGCCCUCAUGGAGCAGCUCCUGGCGCUGCAGCAGCAGCAGAUCCACCAGCUGCAGCUGAUCGAGCAGAUCCGCCACCAGAUCCUGCUGCUGGCCUCGCAGAACGCCGACCUGCCCGCGUCGAGUCCCUCCCAAGGUCCUUUGCGAACAUCUGCCAACCCCUUGUCCACGCUGAGCUCCCAUUUGUCUCAGCAGCUGGCGGCCGCCGCCGGGUUAGCCCAGAGCCUGGCCAGCCAGUCGGCCAGCAUCGGCGGCCUGAAGCAGCUGCCCCCGGCCCAGCUACCUCAGAGCGGCUCUGGCCACACCAUCGUCCCCCCCCACGGCGGCGCUUCUCCCCACGUGAGCAUCUUGGCCACGGCGGUGACCACCCCGUCCUCGGACCGGGCGGCUCCGGGCGCCGGCGCCUCCCAGGCCGGCAGCCCCGCCGUGGUCUCGGCGGCGGCCUCCUCACCAGCUUUCGCAAUAAGCAGCUUGCUCAGCCCCGCGUCCAACCCACUUCUACCUCAGCCGGCCCCCGCCAGCGCGGUGUUCCCCAGCCCUUUGCCCAGCGUGGGCACGACCGCCGAGGACCUGAACCCCUUGUCAGCCUUGGCCCAGCAGCGGAAGAGCAAGCCGCCCACCGUCGCGGCCUUCGAGGCCAAGAGCGCGUCGGACGAGGCGUUCUUCAAGCACAAGUGCAGGUUCUGCGCCAAGGUCUUCGGCAGCGACAGCGCCCUGCAGAUCCACCUGCGCUCCCACACGGGCGAGCGUCCCUUCAAGUGCAACAUCUGCGGGAACAGGUUCUCCACCAAGGGCAACCUCAAGGUGCACUUCCAGCGCCACAAGGAGAAGUACCCCCACAUCCAGAUGAACCCCUACCCCGUGCCCGAGCACCUGGACAACAUCCCCACCAGCACCGGCAUCCCCUACGGCAUGUCCAUCCCCCCCGAGAAGCCCGUCACCAGCUGGCUGGACACCAAGCCCGUCCUGCCCACCCUCACCACGUCGGUGGGCCUGCCGCUGCCCCCCACCCUGCCCAGCCUCACCCCCUUCAUCAAGACCGAGGAGCCGGCCCCCAUCCCCAUCAGCCGCUCCUCCGCCAGCCCCCCGGGCUCUGUCAAAAGCGACUCCGGGGCCCCCGAGCCCGCCCCGAGAAACCCGGGUGGGCUCCCGGGGGAGGAAGCCGAGGGGUCCACGGUGCCACCCUCCGGUGGCAAAAGCGAAGAGAGCGGCGUGGUCGCCGGCUCCGCCCCAGCGGCGGGCAGCGGCGCCCUGAGCUCCCCGACGGCGGCUGCCGACAACGGCCCUCCCGGUGCCGCCGCCGCCUUCACCAACCCUCUGCUGCCGCUCAUGUCCGAGCAGUUCAAGGCCAAGUUCCCGUUCGGGGGCCUCUUGGACUCCACGCAGGCCUCGGAGACGUCCAAGCUGCAGCAGCUGGUGGAGAACAUCGACAAGAAGGCCGCGGACCCCAACGAGUGUGUCAUCUGCCACCGGGUGCUGAGCUGCCAGAGCGCGCUGAAGAUGCACUACCGCACGCACACCGGGGAGCGGCCCUUCAAGUGCAAGGUCUGCGGGCGCGCCUUCACCACCAAGGGCAACCUCAAGACCCACUACAGCGUGCACCGCGCCAUGCCCCCGCUGCGCGUGCAGCACUCCUGCCCCAUCUGCCAGAAGAAGUUCACCAACGCCGUGGUCCUGCAGCAGCACAUCCGCAUGCACAUGGGCGGCCAGAUCCCCAACACGCCCGUGCCCGACGGCUACCCCGAGUCCAUGGGCUCCGACACCGGCUCCUUCGACGAGAAGAACUUCGACGACGUAGACAACUUCUCCGACGAAAACAUGGACGACUGUCCCGAGGGCAGCAUCCCCGACACGCCCAGGUCGGCGGACGCCUCCCAGGACAGCCUGUCGUCCUCGCCGCUGCCCCUGGAGGUGUCCAGCAUCGCGGCCCUGGAGCACCAGAUGAAGAUGAUCAACGCCGGCCUGGCCGAGCAGCUGCAGGCCAGCCUCAAGGCCAUGGAGAACGGGUCGGUCGAGGGGGACGUCCUGACCAACGACUCGUCCUCCGUGGGGGGCGACGUGGAGAGCCAGAGCGCGGGCAGCCCGGCCAUGUCCGAGUCCACCUCGUCCAUGCAGGCUCUGUCCCCGUCCAGCGGCGCCCAGGACUCCCACAAGUCGCCCGGCGCCGACGAGAAGCCCCCGAGGGCGGGCCCGGGCGAGUUCGCCAACGGCCUGUCUCCCGCCCCCGUGAACGGCGGGGCCCUGGACUUGACCUCGAGCCACGCGGAGAAAAUCAUCAAGGAAGAUUCCCUGGGGUUCCUCUUCCCGUUCAGGGACCGGGGGAAGUUUAAGAACACGGCUUGCGACAUUUGCGGCAAAACGUUUGCUUGUCAGAGUGCCUUGGACAUUCACUACCGGAGUCAUACCAAAGAGAGACCCUUCAUUUGCACAGUCUGCAGUCGCGGCUUCUCCACCAAGGGCAACCUGAAGCAGCACAUGCUGACCCACCAGAUGCGCGACCUCCCCUCCCAGCUCUUCGAGCCCAGCUCCAACCUCGGCCCCGGCCAGAGCCCGGCGGCCAUGCCCCCCGCCAACCCCUUGUCGUCGCUCAUCAAAACCGAGGUCAACGGCUUCGUGCACGUCCCUCCUCAGGACAGUAAGGACCCCCCCGCCGGCCACGUCCCCCCCGGGCCCUCCGCCACGUCCCCGGUGCUGCUGCCGGCCCUGCCCAGGAGAACUCCCAAGCAACACUACUGCAACACGUGUGGCAAGACCUUCUCCUCGUCCAGCGCCCUGCAGAUCCACGAGCGGACUCACACCGGGGAGAAGCCCUUCGCGUGUACUAUCUGCGGAAGAGCGUUCACCACAAAAGGCAAUCUGAAGGUCCACAUGGGCACCCACAUGUGGAACAGCACGCCCGCGCGGCGGGGCCGGCGGCUCUCCGUGGACGGCCCCAUGGCGUUCCUCGGAGGCAAUCCCGUCAAGUUCCCCGACAUGUUCCAGAAGGACCUGGCAGCCCGGUCGGGCAGCGGCGAUCCGUCCAGUUUCUGGAACCAGUACGCGGCGGCGCUCUCCAACGGGCUGGCCAUGAAGGCCAACGAGAUCUCCGUCAUCCAGAACGGCGGCGUCCCUCCCGUCCCCGGCAGCCUGGGCAGCGGGAGCAGCUCGCCCAUCAGCGGGCUGACGGGCAACCUGGAGAAGCUCCCCAGCUCCGAGCCCAGCGCGCCCCUGGCCGGCCUGGAGAAGAUGGCCAGCAGUGAGAACGCCGCCGCCAGCUUCCGCCUCACCCGCUUCCUGGAGGACAGCAAGGAGAUCGUCACCAGUUAAAGCGCCGCCGCCGGCCGGCUGGAGGCCCCAGCCUGCCUGCUCACGCCUCCUCCUCGCCCCCUGGCCCCCCCCUCUCUCUCUCGGGUCCCCCCCGCCCCCAGACCGCUGAACUACUUCCCCGUGACGAAGACAUUCUUUUGUACCUUGUUCCACUUCUAGAGUUCUCAGAAAGCUUAUUUAUUAGUGAUAUAACCUGGCUCUGCAGACAGAAUGCAAGCGUUAACUUUGGUCUUCUGUAUUUGGGACUACAUACUAAUUGACUAGAGUGCUGUAAACUUGCUGUAACAUUUAUGGCCAUUGCAAAGUUGCCCUGCUUGGCGGUCUUAAUCUGGCAUUAACUUAUUUUCUAUAUCCAGUUUAAUACGAAUCCGGUGUGGGCGCCACGCCCCCGCGAUGCAUUAGAUCUCUAAUAAAGUCUGUAUAUACAUGUACACUUUGAUCCUGCGGGAGCAUUUUCUCAGCAAACGCAUUGUCUCAUCUUCCGAAAAAACAGAAUUAAGGAAAAGGACUAAAGACGUACAGACUGAACAGUGUGGUUCUUUGAAAGGUUUGGGGUUUUUUUUUUUUUUUCUCCUUUUUUUUUUGGUUUGGGGUUUUUGUUUGUUUUGCCUUUUUUAUUUUAAAUUUUUAUCCUAAAAUUCAACCUGUUUUGUUUUUUUUGGUUGUUGGUUUUUUUUUUUUGUAGAUUUAACCAUUUCCGUUCUGAACUGCUCUUGUAUUGUGCUUUUUACUUGAGUCGUCCUCGAUGUUCGUAGGUUUCUGUACAAUGAGGAGCACGCCGAAUUCUCUAGAGAAAAUACAAGUGUUGUUUUGGUAGUGGGAGCUGAGACGUAACAUUUUUUUUGCCUUGUAGGUAUCUCUUCACCAUAGCAAACGUGUGCUGGAAUUUCCCAAUGCUGCUACGUAUCGCGUCUCAAACAGCCUUCGAUGGAGAAACCGUAGAUGCUCUUGUGAAUACAGUGAGAACUAUCACGUUCAUUAAAAUGUACAUAUGUGUCCUCACGCGAGCACGUGGCUGCUUCUUGGUCAAGAGCGCGGGCCUCGUGUCGGUUUAUUUUGCGUUCGGUCUGGAAGGAACCGUUGGACUGUUACAUGCACUUUCUUGGAAAGUUGAAAGGAAAGGGGUGGGGGGGUCCGAUUUCUUUAACAUUUAAUACGUACUAACAACAGAGAUACUGUAAUUUUACUCAAGUAAUCAAAUACAUUUUUUUUUUUUUUUUUUUGCAACAGAUCAAACCAAAUACUGUGUCUGUGUUUUUAGAGUGCGUUUUCUCCGAGCCAGGCCCCGGGCGCCGUUUAACCUUUCCCCAGACACCAGUCACCCGGGUGCGUGCGUGCGCAUCGCGCUCUCAGGAAGGGAUUGUAAAAGGCAGGAACGGGUUUG